UUUAUGGCCAAUGUAAAUAAAUGGGAACGUAUGAUCUUGAAAAGGAGAUAUACCGCAUCUUGCAAGACUCAUUCAAAAUUCGAGGUUAUAAUGCUAGGAUACUCCGAUAAGAAUAAUCGGUCAAAUCCACAUGUAAAAGGUGGGCCGAUAGUCACUUCGCAAGGCGAAAAAAAUGAUAUUAGUGCUUCUUCAAUUAUAGACACACUGGACAGUCCUAUAGAAGAAGAGAAGACUAAUGAUUCAAAUAGCGUGAGUUUGAAAUCUAACCUCCUAGAACCAAUCCUACCUGUUACUUCAGCAAACGAGGUUUCAAUGGGUGGCGCAGAAGGGACGGUGAAACUAUCAGGCUCCCCUAUCGCUACGGACAAAUUAUUGUCAUCUAU